AUGUUUGCAGUUGGGAACGGCUUCGAUGAGAUAAGGAGCUCUAGAAGCAUCCCACUUAGUGUGAGUGAGGAGAAAUUUGAUUAUACCGAAAGUGAGUUUGAUGAAAAUGAUGAUUCAGCUGUAUCUGAAGGGAACAUUAGACUAGACAGAAGUUUUAAUUUUCGUGGUUUUAUGGAUAGAUUAACAGGGAAACAAAAAGCUUUAGAAUUAGCCCAUCAAUUAGACCUGAAGAGGGGUGUAUCCAGUGGUUUAGAUAACAUUGUAUCUCCUGAUGCACCUUCGGAACAGCAUGUAAACGAUGAAAAUGGUCAUCCACAGCCCAUACGGCGUGUACCCUCUGGGGCGCGCCAGGGUCAUACUGUCCGUACUGCAAACGUAGAAACUUCAACACCAACGAAGCACCAAGCUCAGGGCAAGGGGAAUGAUUUACUUGUACAAUCCACUCCACUAACGAAGGCCGCUACGGUGACUCGGCCCCAACCUAAGGAUCUCCUGAGAGAGAAGUUGAUUGAAAACCACAACAGAAAGGUUAGUACUGGGAGCAUUGGUUCUGGCCAUGCACAACGCGAUAUGGUGCAAGAGACCAAAGAUCUAAGGGAGGAAAACUCAAGGUUGCAAGAAGAGCUAGAAAACCUUGAAAACCGUCAAUUAGAGAAGGACGGUGAAAUAAGUCAGUUAAACCGUACUUUGAAUGAGAAAGAUAUGCAGAUCUCUGAAUUGAGAAAACAUUUGGAAUCCAAGAAAACAGACAUUAUCCACUUGGAGCAGAAGUCAGCAAGAACAAUGGAAAGUUUAAAGACCUUGGAAGACGAACUAAAACAGAGAGAAAACAGGAUUAAAAGUCUAGAGCAAAGCAUUGAAAGUGCGACAGUGGAUUCGGAAGCUGAGGUAAUUAAGUUAAAUAAAGAGCUUGAGCAGGUAACUUUGGAAUACAAAAAGUAUAAGAUCGAGGCAAAGUUACGUCUAGAUGAGACUGAAUCAUUGCUAGUGAAAAGUAAUGACCUGAAUCAGGAACUUCAGGAAAGUGUUAAAGGUAAAACCGAUGAACUCACACAACUAUCUAAGAAGUUGGUAACCAAAGAAAAUGAAGUCUCAGAUCUCAAUUCAUCGUUAACAAAAUCAAAUACUAUAAUCAGUAAGUUGCAAACAGAAAAUGAUUCAUUAUCAGGGGAAGUUAGAAGCGAAAAGGAAAAACUAGCGGAAUCUGAAAAGGAAGUUGAAGUCUUGAAGAAGAGUUUAGAUGAAUUGCAAGAUAAAAAAGAUACCGAAAUCAAUGCUCUUCAAAAUGAUAUUGACACCAAUUGGAAACAAAAGCAGAUAUUACUAGACGAAAGUAUGCAGAAAUGUCAAGAGUUAAAAGUGUGUUUGUCCAAAAAGGAAAACGAGUUAAAUGGAGCGUUGAGCCAGAAUAAAAGACUCAAUUCUGAAAAGGAUUCUUUUAAGAAGUUUGUGGAGCUUUGUAAAUGCUAUGAUGUCCCUAUUGGUCUCCAAAUAGUGGAACUCUUUAAGAAGAGCCCUAGAAAUAAUAGACUUAAUCCAGCUAUACUUAAAGAAAGGUAUGAAAUUGUUGGCUUCAAGUUAACUUCUGAUGAAGAACUUUUGAAUAAUAUUAAGUCUGAACUAGAACCUCUAAAGGCGCUGAAUCUUAAAUUAAAAGAAGAGUUGGAAUCAAAAUUGAAAGACACUAAAGAUCAUUAUGUAACUAAGGAAUCCAACAUGAAAGAAAAUAUUAAAGAGUUACAGGAGGAUGUAAAGGUGCAUUUAGCAAACAUUAAAAAGUCACAGGAUGUGAUUGAAAGCUUACACAAGGACAUUGCUGCAUUGAUAAAGGAAAAAGAGGAAUUAUUAAAUAAAAAUGCAGAAUUAUCAAAACGUAUAUCUGAACUACAGGAAAGUCAGCUACAACGUGAUCGCAGCACAUUCCUAGACUUGUGUGAGAAGAACCAAGAUCUUUUACAAUCAAAUCAUGAGCUAAUAACCAAGUCACGAGACUUAGAAGCCGAAUUAGUAGCUGCGAACUCUAACUACCAAGAACUUGAAUCCAAAAUCUCUGAAAAAGAUUCUCUAUUGAAGGACAAACAGCAAACAAUAAGUGAUCUACAAUUGAAUCUAAAUCAGCUUAGGAAAAACUUGGAAAAACUAAAGGGAAAUCCUGCUGAGAUGAUUUCAUUUGAAAGUGCUCAGAAAAUAUAUCAAAAUUUGGAUAGAAAAACGUACAAUAAUUUAAUGGUUGAACAGGUGAAUCAAUUGGACUUGGUUGAACUACAAAACGUGGUCAAGAACGUUAUAUUGUUGCUCGAGACUCCUUUCUCUAAGCUAUCCAAGAAAAUGCCCUUGGUUAGUAUUUACUUGAGAUACGAAAAGAGUUUAUGUUUCCACUUUGCAAAUAAAUUGCACUACCAUGUUUAUCAAGAACCAAUAGAUAUUAAGAAGUUUACAAACAAGGCCUACAGCCAAUAUCUAGAAAGACACGACCUCACAAAGAUAAAACAUCCGUUAGAAUUUUGUUUGGAUAAAUUAUAUGAGGAAGUCCGCUCGAGGUUAAAAUAUUAG